ACAAUGGACAGUUUCCUUUCUCUUUCUCUUCACAUCAUCUCUCUACCAUAUCCUCGAGACCUCAAGUCUUCCAACGCUUUUUGUUUCACACCAGACAACUUCUAUAACAUCUCCAUCAAUUAUCACAAUGGGUUCUAACAGCGAGCCCACCUUCAAUGUCCUCGCCGAUACACGGCCAGAGGACACAACCUUGCCACCCUUCAUGGCCUCUACCUCUCGUGGAUUCCUGCCACGUGCUGAUCCCGUUGUCGACCUACCAGAGGAGUUUGCUGCAUUAAGCUCCAUCCUCGAGCGUAUGCCCAUAGUCACGUUAUCAGGCGAGCCCGGUCUCCUCGCCAAGGGCGCCUUGGGAGAUACCGUCACGGCUGAGCUAACUGACCUCUCCGCUGCCGUCGAGAAGUAUGCCGAUAACCUCUGCAUCCAAACCGCGCUGUACAGAGACUACUCCUUCAUCGCCUCGGCCUACCUCCUCGAGCCUUGCCACAUGGCCUACAUGGCCAAGUCACCAUACGGUCUCGGUCGCCAGAGCCUCCCCCGGUCUAUUGCCCUCCCCCUCUCUGUCUGCGCCCGCCUUGCUGGCUUCCAGCCUUUCAUGGAGUAUGCUGGCUCGUACGCGCUGUACAACUACAAGCUCGAGAACCCAGAUGCUGGCAUGAAGUACACCAACCUUCGUCUGAUCCGUGCCUUUGAGAAAGGUCUUGACCCAACCAGCUCUGAGGCUGGCUUUGUCCUUACUCACGUGGAGAUGGUAAAGAACUCUGGGCCUUUGGUUGAGGGUUGUGUCAGGGCUCUUGAUGGGUGUGGGAGGGAUGAUAGGCAAGAGAUGGAUGAUGGACUUGAUCAGGCUUUCGAGGCUAUCAAGAAGGUUAACCAGGUUAUGGAACGUAUGUGGGCAAACUCCAAGCCAGGAGACUACAUUGACUUCCGCACCUUCAUCAUGGGUAUCACUUCCCAGUCCAUGUUCCCCAACGGCGUCGUCUACGAAGGUGUCUCCGAGACCCCUCUCUCCUUCCGCGGCGAGUCCGGCGCAAACGACAGCAUGAUCCCCCUCCUAGACAACCUCCUCUCCAUCUCCAUGCCCUCCACCCCCCUCACCACGAUCCUCAAAGACUUCCGCUCCUACCGCCCCGGCAACCACCGCGACUUCCUCUCCCACAUCGCCAACCUCUCUCUCUCCGUCUCCUUCAAGAGCUACGCGCUCUCCGAGCCGAGCUCCGCGCUGCGCUACCUCCGUCUUCUCGACCAGGUGCGUGAUUUCCGCUACCGCCACUGGUGCUUCACUCGCGAGUACAUCCUCAAGAAGACUUCGCAUCCUACCGCUACUGGUGGAAGCCCUAUUGUUACUUGGUUGCCUAACCAGCUUGUUGCGGUGCUUGAUGCUAUGACUGAAGCUGGUGAGGGUAAGGCACUCAAGAGUGUUCCGGCGGGUAGCAAGGCUGGGGAGGAGGUGAAGGAGAUGUUGGAUACGGCUGAGAGGCAGAGGGAUGGCUUGAAGAAGGAGGUAGAGAAGUGGUGCUCUGAUCGUGGGGUGCCGCCGCCGCAGGGGAUUACGGAUACCCUCCAGGCUGUGGCUGCUCACUAGGGGGUGGAUGACUUUUAUGACUGAGGUUUUGGUAUAUAGGACAAUGGGAUUACCCAGAGUGGAAUAUUGGAAAAUAUUCAUUUACUUAGAUCGAUAGAACGAUAUGUUAAAAUGGAAUUAUUUAUGACUAUGGUUUUGUUCCUGUUGCCUCGGGUUGUGAUGGUUGUGCUCCGUUGCGCCUUAACUCCGUCGGAUUUCACAUCCGGACGCCGACGAGGCGUCGCCGUGACACGCAUCCUCUGAAUGAUGGCGCAGAAAAAUAUAAUAAUAUUUCUAAUAAAUA